ACGGUCAUGGCAUCCGCCCAUGCAUCCACAUCUCCGACGGACAAACAAAACGCUACAAUCUUCGUACGACCAGUUCCAAUCACUCCACCCAGAAAGCAACCCAUUGCAGGCUUGCAGCAGCAUAUACGCCGUUCGGUCAUGCGAAAAUUUCACGUUUCUUUUGAUCGGCGUCUGCUCAGAGCUUCCGUUGUGUAGGCUGCCAUGGGGUCGUCUCGCAGACGUUGUCUCGUCCUGCUCCUCGUCUCUGCAUCCCUCUGUGCCGAUGCAUCAGCUGCGGCGUCGAACAGGAGCGUGUUAGCGGCGGAGCGGACGCGGCGGAGAGACCCCCUCGACGGGCUGAGGUACUACACCGGCGGAUGGAACAUCAGCGACAGGCACUACCUAGCGUCGGCAGGUUUCAGCGCGGCGCCGGUGUUCGUGGCCGCCGCGCUCUGGUUCGUCACAGUCGCGGCCGCGGCGCUCGUCGCCUGCUGCUGCCGUUGCUGCUGCCGCGGCGGCGGCAGCAACUACUCCUACUCGCGCCCGUUGUUCGCGCUCUCUCUCGCGCUCCUACUCGCCGCCACAGCAUCAGCCGUCAUCGGGUGCGCCGUCUUGUACGACGGGCAGGGUAAGUUCCACGGCAGCACGACGGCCACGCUGGACUACGUGGUGAGCCAGUCCGACGACGCCGCGGCAACCCUGCGCAACUUCACCGGCCUCCUGGAGACGGCGAAGGUGGUCAGCUUCGCGGGGGCAUCGCUGCCUCCCGACCUCGCGCGGAGCAUCGACGACGUCACGCGGAGGGUGGACGGCGCCUCGGACGAGCUCGCCGCGCGCACGUCCUCCAACUCGCGCAGGAUCCGGGCCGCGCUGGAGACCAUAAGGAAGGUCCUGAUCGCUGUCGCAGCCGUGAUGCUGGUACUGGUGUUUCUUGGCUUCGUUUUCUCGUUGACCGGGCUGGGGUCGCUUGUGUACACAGUGGUGUUUCUUGGAUGGAUCAUAGUUACCGCAACAUUAAUCCUGUCCGGCACUUUUCUUCUCCUGCACAACGUGAUAGGAGACACCUGCGUCGCCAUGGACGAGUGGGUGCUCCGCCCGCCGGGCCACAGCGCCCUGGACGACAUCCUCCCCUGCGCCGACGCGGCGGCGACGAACGAGGCGAUGCGCCGAGGCGAGGAGGUGAACUACAAGCUAGUCGACACGCUCAACCGGGUGAUCUCCAACGUGUCCAACGCCAACGUGCCACCCCAGGCCGGCCCGCCUCUCUACUACAACCAGUCCGGCCCUCUCCUGCCGCUCCUCUGCAACCCCUACAACGCCGACCUCACCGGCCACUCCUGCGCCACUAGCGAAAUCGCCGCGGCGGACGCGCCGCAGGUGUGGCAGCGCUACGUGUGCCGCACAACGGCCGCACCGGCGUCGGGGCAGGAGGUGUGCGCGACGGCCGGCCGCCUCACGCCGGAGAUGUACUCCAAGAUGCUGGUCGUGGCCAGCGUCAGCGACAGGCUACGUCGCCAGGCGCCCGCCCUCGCCGACCUCGCGAGCUGCGCGACCGUCCGUCGCGCGUUCCGGACGGUGAGCGUCAGCUACUGCCCCGCUCUGCGGCGGCACAGCGGGCGGGUGUACCAGGCAUUGCUCGCGGCGUCGGUCGCCGCGAUGGCGGCCGCGGCUGCGUGGGUGGCUCACUCCCGGGAGAGGAGGAGGAGGCGCGACAGCAAGAGGUUCCGGGUGUCGCCGUACAGGCUCCCUAUCGAGGAGAAGGUGCUGCUCAACAGCCCGAGACGGCCGUACAGGCGAGUGUAACAGCUUGACCCGUUCCAGGCUGCAUACUGAUACGGCACAGGCCCCCGUCUGGAGCGUAGGAAUUUCGUUGCAAUUUCAUAAGAAGUGGCGUAGUUCCCGUAAAAAUCAAGGGAAAUUACCGCGUUCUGAAUUGGGCCUGAUUUGGAUGUAUAUGUACGCAGCAGUUUUGGGAGUACAACUAUCUGUGCAGUUCUUAGAAAUCUCUGUUCUGGUACUAUGAUAGGAUUUGUAUAGAAAUAAUUUGGUGAAUAAAUUGUUGUCAUUCCCAGCGCAACCGUUUAU